AUGGUUCAAGUGAAGUACACUCAGCUCUUCAUCAACAACGAGUUCGUCAACUCGGUCUCGGGCAAGACCUUCCCGGUGGUGAAUCCCGCCACUGAGGAGGUGAUCACCCACGUUCAGGAGGGUGACAAGGCCGACAUCGACAAGGCCGUGCAGGCCGCCCGAGCCGCCUUCAAGGUGGGCUCCGCCUGGCGGAAGAUGGACGCCAGCGCCCGCGGUCGCCUCCUCGCGAAGCUCGCCUCGCUGAUGACCCGCGACCUGCAGUACAUCGCCGAGCUGGAGACGCUGGACAAUGGGAAGCCGCUGGAGCAGGCGGUCGGCGACGUGAAGGCCUCCAUCGGCGCCUUCACCUACUACGCCGGCUGGGCGGACAAGAUUCACGGCAAGACGAUUCCCGCCGACGGCCCGGUGGCCAGUUUCACCAAAAUUGAACCGGUGGGCGUGUGCUCACAAAUCAUCCCCUGGAACUUCCCGAUUUUGAUGCUGAGCUGGAAGUGGGCGCCAGCACUGGCCUGUGGAAACACGGUCGUUUUGAAGCCGGCUGAGCAGACGCCGCUGUCAGCCAUCUACAUGGGAUCGCUGGUCGCGGAGGCCGGUUUCCCACCUGGUGUCGUCAACAUCGUUCCCGGUUUUGGGCCUACAGCCGGUGGCGCCCUCGUCGAGCACCCGCACGUCGACAAGAUCGCUUUCACUGGAAGUACUGAAAUUGGCAAGCUGAUCAGUCGCAACGCCUCCGCCACGCUGAAGCGCGUCAGCCUGGAGCUCGGCGGCAAGUCACCGUUGGUGGUCACCCAGCACACUGACAUCGCUGCCGCUGCUGAGAUUGCCAGNGCCAGCUGCAUGGUCAACCAGGGCCAGUGCUGCUGUGCUGCGACGCGCACCUUUGUCCACGAAUCGGUUUACGAGGAGUUCGUCCAGAAGUCAGCGGCCAUUGCCCAGCGCAAGGUCCUUGGCAGCCCUUUUGAGGCGAAGACCACCCAGGGACCGCAGAUUGACGCCACGCAGACGGAGAAGAUCAUCGAUCUGAUUGAGAGCGGCAAGAAGGAGGGCGCCCGCCUGGUGACCGGCGGAAAACGCCUCGCCGGCAAGGGCUACUUCAUUGAGCCGACCGUUUUCGCCGACGUCACCGACAACAUGCGCAUCGCCAAGGAGGAGAUC